AUCAGCUCCCGUAGAGAAGGUCCCGGAGGCGCAGAGAGAGCAGCGCGGUGCACGCGCACUCUGGACUCACUUCACCCGUUAAGCGUAUGAGUGCGUUACUUUAGUUCAUGGUGUCAUUUCACAUUCAUCCGAUUCAUCUCGGAGCCAGAUGUUCCGCCACUGACAUGCACCAUCCGUCCAGACCCCCCAACGCAGAAGGAGGUUCCACCGGAGGAGGAGGAGGAGGAGGAGAUCCGCAGUCCCCGUCCACCCCCCCCUCGGACGGCCUGUGCGUGUUCCGCGGCAGGUCGAUGCUCCCCGGGGCCCGGCGCGCCUCCAGCGGGUACUUCUCCUCGGAGGGGGGCUCGCUGCCCGCCUCCCCGAGGCCGCCGGCGGCUGAUGCCGCGACGCAGACCCCGAGCCCCGCGGCACAGGUGAUGACGCACGCGCUGAGGCGCAUGGCCGAGGCGCGUGAGCACGGAAGUACUUCCCGCUCCCGUAGCGCGCGGCGGCUCAUCGCAGCAGAGGACAUGCAGGCGGAGACGAUUGGACGAGAGCUGCGACGCAUCGGAGACGACUUCAACAGGAUCCUCCUGCUCAGGGGGGGGGCAGGUGGCCGGUUGGUGGUGCCGCCCGUCCACCAGGAGCCCGCCGUGCUGCUGUGCGUGGGCCUCCUGCUGCUCCUCAUUGGACGGAUGAUCUAUUCUCCAGGCGGUCCCAGCAGCCAGGACCCCUCGUAGCUUCAGCCUGUAGGAACCCAGCAGACGUAGCAUCAAGUUCUUCCUCUUUUUGUUUGAGGGACCUCAUUUUUAACCUCAAUGGUUCAAACUCUUUUCAUUUCAGUGGACAUGAUUUUUAAGGAACUUAAAAUACCUGGAUUUUUGUCUUUAUUUUUCCUCCACGGUCUGUGAGCUUUUUUUUUGCCAAAGGGGGGGGGGGGUCACAACGCCUUAAGAUGCCUUCAGGCCUGUGGAAAUUCUAAUGUGCCUUUUUCAGCACCUCUGCAGCCUUGUUAAAGCAUGCGGGUCCGGUUCCUUCUGAUGGUCUCUUCAUGUCUCCUGAGGAUCCAGCAUUUAACAGACCGGAGACCUGAGUCCUUCUCAUCUGCAGGCUGCGUUACCAUGGUUACAUGUCCAGCCGGUGUGACGCGGUCGUCUCUGUGUUGGGGGGGAGGAAUACUGUGAAGCCGUCCCUCACAAUGUGUCCCAUUCUUUAAGGAGUAAAGUCUCCGUAGAGUCAGUUUAAUCUUCGAUGUCUCCUGCUUCAAUCAUUCAUCUUUCAUCCCUUCAUCCGUUUGAACUUUCUAAUCCACAACAGCAAAUUCAUGUUACUACUUUUUGCACAUUUUCCUGGCCGUGGCUCAUUUGACCUCCGCGUUGUUGACUUCUACACAAACAGAUGAUUCUGUGACUUCCUGUGUGAUUCCACCGUCAUUUGGUCCUUCAAGAGAGCUUCAGCCCAUCGAGAACAAUCUGUAGAACCAUUAAAUGCAUCGUUUCCCGUGAUGAAGAAGCUGGAUUUACUGUGGGAGAUGAAAUAGUGUGAAAUGGAAUGAAUGAGAAGACGAAGACUCGGUUGGAACCUUCUGUCCAUGCGACUGUUGUCAAUAAAGCUUUUACAUCUUCUUAAAGCUUCGUCUGUCGUUCAUCAAGUGUUCAGCAGCAGAGACGAUGAGAAUCACGUCGAUCAUCACUGAUGAGAUAUUAGUUUUUCUCAGAUCUUUGGCAGGUUCCUCAAACCGUACGUUCAGUUCGUACAAAUAGCAAAACGCCCUGAAUUACUGCAGCAUCCAGUUCAUGAGUAAAUGUGUGUGUCCUCGUGUCCUCGUGCCCUUGUGUCCUUGUGUCCUUGUGUCCUUGUGUC